GCAGCAUCCAUAAGUAAGAGAAAUAGGGAGAGAGACGUUUCAAAUUGAAUACAAAAACAGUAGAAACAGGAAGACAGGGGCAAAUCACAUGGAAGAAGAGCUGCCUGCUCCGUUACGCCCUCCCUCACAUUGUUUUUCUUAUUAGGGAUUCCCUAAUUUUAUUUGUUUUCCUUUCUUUUUUAUUUAUGUUUUGCUUCCCUCUUUCUCCGUCUCUCUUUGUAGACCCAGUUGGCUUCAACUCUCUUUAUCUACUUGCCUUGUUUUGAAUUGGGUGCUUAAAAGAGAGUCAAUUUAAGGUGAAUUGCAGGGUUUUGGAUCUGUUCCUUUUUAUUUUUGGGGUGAAUUUGAGAGGAAGAGUUAGAGAACUGUAGAGAGAUGGAGGAGAGUAUGCUGUUUCAGUGGACCGCGUUCAGAUCUCUGCUCGCUAUUCUUCAGUGGUGGGGAUUCAAUGUUACAGUUAUUAUCAUGAACAAGUGGAUCUUCCAGAAAUUGGAUUUCAAGUUUCCACUCUCAGUAUCUUGUGUUCACUUCAUAUGCUCAUCUAUUGGAGCAUAUAUAGUAAUCAAGGUGCUGAAGCUCAAACCGCUAAUAGUGGUUGACCCUGAAGAUCGCUGGCGAAGGAUAUUUCCUAUGUCAUUUGUCUUCUGCAUCAACAUAGUUUUGGGGAAUAUAAGCUUACGUUACAUUCCUGUUUCAUUUAUGCAAACGAUCAAGUCAUUUACUCCUGCAACCACAGUUGUUUUGCAGUGGUUGGUUUGGAGAAAAUACUUUGAUUGGAGAAUUUGGGCGUCUUUAGUACCUAUUGUUGGAGGAAUACUCCUCACUUCUGUUACUGAGCUUAGCUUCAACAUGUUUGGAUUUUUUGCUGCCUUAUUUGGAUGUUUGGCCACUUCAACAAAGACAAUCCUUGCAGAAUCUCUGCUGCAUGGAUAUAAAUUUGACAGCAUAAACACAGUGUACUACAUGGCACCGUUCGCAACCAUGAUCCUGGGAGUACCGGCAAUGCUACUUGAAGGUAAUGGGGUUGUAGACUGGUUUUACACUCACCAAUCUGUCUGGUCUGCCCUUAUCAUCAUUUUCAGCUCUGGAGUGCUCGCCUUCUGUCUUAACUUCUCCAUCUUUUAUGUGAUUCAUUCCACAACUGCAGUCACAUUCAAUGUUGCUGGAAACCUUAAGGUUGCAGUUGCUGUCAUGGUUUCAUGGCUUAUUUUCCGGAAUCCAAUUUCAGCUUUAAAUGCCGUUGGAUGUGGUAUUACACUAGUGGGAUGUACAUUCUACGGGUAUGUGAGGCACAUGCUUUCCCAGCAGCCACCACCACCAGGAACUCCAAGAACUCCCCGGACUCCGAGGAAUCGGAUGGAAUUGCUUCCCCUUGUAACUGAUAAACUAGAUGAUAAAGUCUGAUAACGAGAUCAUGUAUGAGGUUCUUAGCUGUUGGCAUAGGGGUAAUACAAAUAUUAAAGAGGGGAAAUUGGAAAACAGAAGUUCACUUUGUUGUGUGCACAUCCAUCAUAAAUUUUUAAUAUAUUAUUUUCUUUUCUUGGUUAGAAAUAGAAACACUAUUUCAAUUA